AAAGUUAUCUUCGUUUCUUCACUUUGAACAUCAUGACCGACCCAAACAAAGAAGAAAUUUCGUCCGCCCCGAGAUGCGUACCAUCCUACGACACCAGUGAUCCACUCCAGCAAGAGGUCACGCGCAUUCUCAAAAGCUUCAAGAACGAUAUCCUCGGCAUCACGUUUCUAGGUAACGACGGCAUUUUGCGCUCGCUGACUGCAGAUCGCAGAGUGCUUUCAGCAGAAGGACUCAGACCUGACCUCAUCGAAGCUUUUCUGAGCCGCCUUCCACAAGACUUCAAAGCGCAAAUGACGAACCUAGUAUUCGCUGACGGUACCAAGACGCCUAAAGAGAAGUGGUUUGAGCCUGACGCAGGGACUUUGCCAGAGCCGCUGUCCCAGCAGGAAAUUGACAAGGUCAAGAAUUAUCCUGACGAGCAGAAGGACUUUCUACGACAGCGGAUGCGUGAGGACGAGAACUUGUUGGACGUCAAGGGCGUGCUUGCCUGAGUGUUAGGCUGGAAAUGCGUUGCGAGCUGUGAUGAGAUGGCAUGUAUGGCAGUGGCAAAGUAGACCUUGUGGCGCUCAAAACCAAGCUUCCUCGUAGAGAUUGACACAAAAAGCCAAACUUGCUCGGAUGCAGACCAUAUUUGACUUUGUGCCGAAAAAAGCAUGGCAUGCCAAAUUACCAUAGGAUCGCCAGCACACAACGGGCAUGUGCCUGGACGCCUGAAACUUUGGCAGACCUCUGCGGUCCAAAGUAAUCGUCAACAUCUUCUGAUCUUGCCGUUCAAUGAGAUGAAGACCCAAGUGUGGUGUGGAUCUUCACAAGUUGUGUCGAGAAGAAAACGUUGAUAUUGUGCAUCACG